UCAAAUAAAUCGUCGAACCUUGCAAUACAAGCACCUUAGAAUAGCCCAUCUUUUGGAGUUCAACGGACGGCGUGAUCUUAACUAUGAGGAUAGAGAGAUGCUAAUAGAAGACCUGGUAAGGGAAAUCACAGCAUUAUGGCAGACAGAUGAGCUGAGGCGCCAUAAACCUACACCAGUUGAUGAAGCUAGGGCUGGCCUUCAUAUUGUGGAACAAUCUCUCUGGAAAUCGAUACCACGCUAUCUUCGCCGUGUCAGCAAUGCUCUAAAGAAGCAUACUGGCAAGCCUCUUCCACUAACCUGCACACCAAUCAAAUUUGGUUCAUGGAUGGGUGGCGACCGAGACGGGAAUCCUAAUGUCACAUCAAAAGUGACUCGGGAUGUUUCCUUGAUGGCCCGUUGGAUGGCAAUUGACCUGUACAUCCGACAACUAGACAGUCUCAGCUUUGAGUUAUCCAUCAAGAAAUGUAGCGAUAAGCUUGCAACCUUAGCCAAUGAAAUCUUGCUCAAAGACUCAGAGUCGACAUCCGAAGAGAAGAAGGCCAAUCCUUGGACCAAAACAGGACCAGAAAACAACUUAAAACGGCCGCCUAGGAUGGGGAUGCAUACUCAGCCUCCUUCUGGUGCUGAUCUUCCAUCAUUGACAGAAUGCAGUGAUAGCGAAUCUCAAUUCAGAAUAGUAAAACUUCCAUGCAACCCGAAACAUCAGGGAAUCCAAAUUCCAACAGAAAGAAGUGAGGAGAGUCACAGUCCAGUGCAGUCUCCUGGUCGUCGUCCAGGAUCAUCACAUAUGAGUCGAACUCCAAGUGGUAGUCAACUAAGGAAAAUGUUGUUCACAGAAUCUAAGAUAGGCCGGUCAAGCUUCCGAAAGCUUCUAGAGCCAGGCCUAUCAGAUAAACCAGGAAUUACGCCAUACAGGAUUGUCCUUGGUAAUGUGAAAGAAAAGAUGAUGAAGACACGAAGACGGCUUGAGCAUCUUCUUGAGGAUCUACCAUGUGACUCUGAUCCUGCAGAAUAUUAUGAAACACCGGAUCAACUUUUAGAGCCUUUGCUCUUGUGCUACGACUCACUGCAAUCAUGUGGAUCUAGCAUUCUUGCCGAUGGCCGGCUGGCCGAUCUUAUACGAAGGGUUGCCACCUUUGGUAUGGUGCUAAUGAAGCUCGACGUCCGCCAGGAAUCGGGCCGGCACACAGAAGCGCUUGACGCCAUUACGUCUUACUUCGAUCUUGGCGUUUAUAGUGAGUGGGAUGAGGAAAAGAAGCUGGAUUUCUUGACUAGGGAGCUGAAAGGGAAGCGCCCUCUAGUUCCCCCAUACAUAGAGGUUAAUGCUGAUGUGAAAGAAGUUCUCGACACCUUCCGCGUUGCUGCAGAACUCGGGAGCGACUCGCUUGGAGCAUAUGUGAUUUCAAUGGCCUCCAAUGCCAGUGAUGUCCUUGCUGUCGAGUUGUUGCAGAAGGACGCAAGGCUAACAGUUAGUGGGGAUCUCGGAAGGGAAUGUCCCGGUGGAACGUUAAGAGUUGUUCCCUUGUUCGAGACGGUGAAGGAUCUUCGAGAAGCCGGUUCAGCGAUCAGGAAGUUGCUGGCCAUUGACUGGUACAGGGAGCAUAUCAUCAAGAACCACAACGGCCACCAAGAGGUCAUGGUGGGCUACUCUGAUUCUGGCAAGGACGCCGGCCGUUUCACAGCGGCGUGGGAGCUGUACAAGGCGCAGGAGGACGUCGUGACGGCGUGCAACGAGCACGGCAUCAAGGUGACGCUCUUCCACGGCCGCGGCGGGAGCAUCGGGCGCGGCGGUGGGCCGACGUACCUGGCCAUCCAGUCACAGCCCCCCGGCUCGGUGAUGGGCACGCUGCGGUCGACGGAGCAGGGCGAGAUGGUGCAGGCCAAGUUCGGGCUGCCGCAGACGGCGGUGCGGCAGCUGGAGAUCUACACGACGGCGGUGCUGCUGGCCACCCUGCGGCCACCGCAGCCGCCGCGGGACCCCAACUGGCGGCACGUCAUGGAGGAGAUCUCCCUCGCAAGCUGCGCGCACUACCGGCGCACCGUGUACGAGGACCCGGCCUUCGUCACCUACUUCCAGGAGGCGACGCCGCAGGCGGAGCUGGGCUACCUCAACAUCGGCAGCCGCCCGGCAAAGCGCAAGGCGGCGAUCACGGCCGCCGGCGGCAUCGCCAGCCUGCGCGCCAUCCCGUGGGUGUUCGCGUGGACGCAGACGCGGCUAGCGCUGCCGGCGUGGCUGGGCGUCGGCACGGGGCUCCAGGACGCGCGCGACAAGGGCCGCACCGAGGACCUCCGGGCCAUGUACGAGGAGUGGCCCUUCUUCUAGU